GGCCCGGUCGCUGAGAGGGGCUACGCUGCUUGGCCGGAGCGCGGCAUGGAGCCGCAGGUGAACCUCUGUGUCACCUGCCGAGGGGACACCCAGACCUUCCUGGUGGCCGACUCGGCGCACACCACCUGGGCCGAUGUGGAGGCCAUGGUUAAAGUUUCAUUUGACCUGGACAACAUUCAGAUCAAAUACAUCGAUGAGGAUAACGAUGAGGUCUCUGUGAACAGCAAAGAGGAAUACGAAGAAGCUCUGAAGAUCGCAGUUAAACAAGGAAAUCAACUUCAGAUGACUGUGUAUGAGAGAAAAUCUUCUCCGAAAGAAGCCUCAUAUUCUUGUUCUUCACAACUGUGUGAAAAACCUGUGGUAGAAAAGUUGGCAUCAAAAGAUGAGAAGAAACCUCUUUUGUGCUAUUCCAUGCAAGCUCAGGGGUUGGAAGAAGACAUAAAACGUGAGAAGGAGUUGACAAUUCAGGAAAAGCUAAAUCAAGCUACGACAGAAAGAACAGAUGAAAAUCCUCCAGAAUGGUUUACUAGCUACUUGGAAACAUUCAGGGAACAAGUAGUUAAGGAAACUGUUGAGAAACUGGAACAGAAGCUGUAUGAGAAGCUUGUUCAUCACAAUCAGCAACCGGAUUUUUCUGAGAACUCGGUUACAGCAGCAUCUCCAGCUACAGAGAGCCCACCAGGGAAUGGCAGCCAGUGUGACUGGCUGAUCUCCUGCUGCAACUGCCAGGCUCGAAUUGUUGGAGUUCGCUACCAGUGCAGCCUUUGUCCAGCCUACAACAUCUGUGAACAGUGUGAAGCAGGAACGUAUGCCCAUGAUCCUAAUCAUGUCUUGUUAAAGCUGCGGAGGCCUGUACUAUGCGUUGCUGAGAACUACAGCCUUGCGGAGUUUUCAUCUCGCCUGCCUGCUACUCUGGAGCAAGUUAGGCUCCAGAAACAAAUGGACAAACGAUUUCUGAAGGCAGAAAAGCAAAGAUUACGAGCAGAGAAAAAACAACGAAAAGCAGAGGUCCGAGAGCUGAAAAAGCAGCUAAAACUGCACAGGAAAAUUCAUCUGUGGAACUCUGUCCAUGUAUUGGAAACUAGUGGCUCGCCUCCUCUGAAAUCUGAGAGUCUCCAACCUAAUACCUUCCCUCCCAGGAGUCCCUGUCAACCCUUCCAAGCAAUUGUCCCUACACUAAGUGCGGUAUUUGUGGAUGAGAAUUUGCCAGAUGGGACCCAUUUGCAACCAGGAACCAAGUUCAUCAAGCACUGGCGAAUGAAAAAUACUGGCAGUGUGGAAUGGAGCUCAGACACAAAGCUGAAACUUAUGUGGGGAAAUCUGACCUUGGCAUCCUCUGAAAAAAAAGAUGUGGUAGUACCAUCGCUUCCAUCAGGACAAGUAGGAACCGUUUCGGUUGAGUUUGUAGCUCCUAAUAUAGAAGGAACUUACACCUCUCACUGGAGGCUGUCGCACAGAGGGGAACAGUUUGGGCCCAGGAUCUGGUGCAGUAUUGUUGUGGAUCCCUCCCCAGCGGCUGACUCUCUAGAAAGCAAUUGGAAGGAUUCUGAUUCCUGUCAGAAGGUUAAAGCUUCCAGCACCGAACAGCAUCCUUCCUCAAAGACGGAAGCAGGUGCUCAACUGAUGGGUGAAAUCAUGCAGCAGACUGAAAUACCUCUGCCAGCUAUUCCUUUAAAGAUGAAAAAUCUACCUACUGAGAGAGAGUUUUAUAUCCCGUCUGUUGAUCUCCUCACUGCACAGGACUUGCUGUCCUUUGAGCUGUUGGACAUCAAUAUUGUGCAGGAAUUGGAGCGGGUGCCACACAAUACUCCUGUCGACAUGACUCCAUGCAUGUCCCCUUUGCCACACGACAGCCCCUUGUUGGAAAAACCUGGCUUAGGUCAGAUAGAGGAGGAGAACGAGGGGAGUGGAUUUAAACCAGUGCCUGGAAUGACGGCCUGUUUUCCUGCAGAUUCUUGCACAGUGAAAGCGAAAGCAGAACAUCCAGAGGAAGGGGAGGAAGAUAUGAGUGGAACUCAGUUUGUCUGUGAAACUGUUAUUCGCUCUCUAACCCUGGAUGCUGCACCUGACCAUAAGCCCCCACAAAAAAAGCAAAUCCUCCGCAACUCUUCACAAACAUUACAAGACACCUUUGGUUGCAGUAUGAUAAAUGAAGAAUCUUCUAGGAUAAAAACUAAAUCCUCUUCCAAAAAGGAAGCAAAGAUACACCAGCCAGAGGCAAUGACAGAAAAUGAGUUGGGGGACCUUCUGCUGUCUGAGAGAGCAAAUGCCUGUAGUGACACUGGCAAUUCUGAUGAAGAGGAAGAUGAUGAUAAAGAUGAUGUUCAAAGCCAAGGCUCCUCUGCUUCAUCAGAGGAUUAUAUCAUUGUUCUUCCUGAGUGCUUUGACACCAGUCGUCCUUUAGGGGAGUCCAUGUAUAGUUCGGCUCUUUCUCAGCCCAGUUUGGAAAAGACAGGAGAACCUGAAACAGGAGCAGAGAAUCCAGGAGGAGGAAGCCAGCCACAGAUCCACAGCUCUGGUGAUAUUUUGACAAUUUCAGAAGCACUGCCUGUAGUGCCAUUAAUCCCAGAGACGACUGACACCUCACCCCUGGCAGAAAGGAAUCUUGCAUCUCUUCCUACCUUCCAAGAACCAAGCGUGUCAGCUUCAGAGAGUAUCUCUUCUCCUCAUAAUCAAAUAAGAGAAGAACCCAGUGGUGAAGACAAUCAUGGACCAGGAGCUUCUGGAGUUCUAAUGAGUAAACAGAAGUGCUCAGAAUACCCAAGAUACCCUCAAGGAAGCAGCAUUGCCGGAGAAAUAGUUAAAGGAGCUUUGUCAGUUGCUGCUUCCGCCUACAAAGCGUUAUUUGCUGGACCACCUAUUAUGGAACAGCAGCCUGCAGCUACAGAAGAGCACACUGCCGUUCUUCUGUCCAGUCUGUGUGAAAUGGGCUUCUGUGACAGGCAGCUGAACCUGCAACUGCUGAAGAAACACAACAACAACAUGGUUCAAGUGAUAACAGAAUUGCUUCAGAUCAAUAACAGUGACUGGUACAGCAGUAGAUGUUGAACCUUCCUGGUGGAGGGAAGAAUCCUCUGAGUAAACUCUCAUUAAACACUACAACAGCAGCGGGCUGCUCCUCGGCUGCUUUCUCUUUGGAGGUGUGACUGAACCUUUGGCUUUUCUUUGAGCUUUCAGCUUUUCUCUCAUGGAAACGUCAAACAGUGCUUGUCACAGCAUCUCAUGAAUUGGAGACCAGGAUUUCAACUGUUGUUUGGACCCCGGUAGUUACAGGAGUAGUCUUUAAGUCUGGAAUUUCACACUGAAUCCUUUUUGUCAGGAAUCUCAUAGAAAUACUUUGAAUUUCCCCUUUUAUUGUGUAAGAAUUUUUUCUUUAGGCAGCUGGAAACUUGUUUUGUUAACUUUUAACAAGCUUUGGGAUAGAAACAGUGUAAAAUUCUGCUGUAAAAUGUAGUCCUGCUUAAUUUACAAGAGAUGCCCACAGCCAGCAAGCUGUUCCUUCUGAUAUGGUUUAGUAAUUGAUUUGUCCAGUGUAUGUAACAGACUUUCAACCUUGUGGGUGAUUCUUAGAGGACAAAGGUUGCUCAUCCAUGAAAGCCAUCUUCAGCCAUCAAACAACUUCUGAAAAGUCUGUAAGUGUAACACACUCUUAAACUGAUGAAUACCAGGAAAGUGUUUAUUGUAGAGAGCGAAUGUACCAGCAGCAUCCGAACAGGCUCUAGCAGCAAUAGUGCACAAUGUAGCUCUACCAGGAAAUUGGAGCCAGCAAAGUAUCCUGUUAAACAUGGAGAAAAAGGGUAGGAAAGACCUUUCUGAGAAUCUUUACGGGCACCUUGUAAAAAUGUUGAAAAGUUGAAACGCUUAACUUUUUUCAGCAUAGUGCAAACCUCUUCUUCUCUUAACACCACAUAGAAGAACUGAAGAUUAUGUAGAAAACUAGACCUGACUUGGAGUCCAAAUUCUGGCAGUGUUUAGGAGUGGGAAGAGUGCUUGAGGUAGGGAUGUGUGAUUUACAUUCUAGUUUGAAAAAUGCAUUAACUUUAAGCAGUUUUAAAUGUAUGUUCUCCUGUGGUAGUUCUAGCUGCUCCUGUGUUUCAUAGACACAGCCCUAGGAUUCCUUUUUCUCACAAGAUUCUGCUUUAGAUGCCCAUAUUUGAUUUGGAAAUUGUAAGAAUUCCCUUCUAGGUGUGCUGAGAGAGAUUGGAUUUUGAAGACUCCUGAGAAACCAGCACCCUACACUGCUGUGCAGUGACUUAUCCAUAGGUGACUUUCAGAGUCCUGACGUGACAGCAGUGUUGGCUCCAUUUUUUCUUUCUUUCAAGCAAACUCUUACUGCAGCAAGGAAGAGAGACCAUUGAUCCUAAAAUGUUUAAUUACUGCUGCUUCAAACGGAGGUGUUCCUGCUCUGCCACAGCAUUGCUGAGGCAGUACCAGUGCUGUGACUGGCCAGGGAACAGCAGUGAUUCUUUUUCUUUCUUUUAAGACGCAAUACCCUUAGAGAUUAGAGAUAAGAUACCAUUAAAAUAAUUGAAGAAGAAAUGUAUCAUACCACUUGUGUUCUAAACCUAUUUUUAUAGAUUGUGGAAGAUAUACUCUUAAAUGUUUAUUUUGAAAUAACAGUGGAACUGUUUUGCAGUGUUCCCUGGCUCUGUACGCCAGUACAGUGCUCUGCUGUGGACCAGAGAAAGACCUUGCUGUAACUUGCAGCUUCUAUGUUUUCCCCUUUAACUUCCGUGUGCUGUUCUGAGUACCUUUGGGAUCUGCUUGCUCCAGGAGGAGGGAAGGACAAGGAUGAAGCACAGGAGCCAGUGCAAUUUCUGAGCUGGUAUAGCUAUUGGCUUGGAGAGGGAACACCCAGCAGGACACGAGUGCUUUCUGUGUUUACUUUGGUUCUGGGAAUGCUGAUGUGUUCUGUAAAUGAACAAAACACUAACAGUUUGAGGAGGAGCGCUGCGUUUCCAUGUGAAAGGCUGUUUUCUGCAGGUUACUCCACCGGGGUUUGGGUACAGUGCGCUCUGGCUGCAGACAGAACCGUUCCUGUUGGCUCUGUAUAUUUUGUUCAUGCAUGGUAUAAUUUAUAAUAUAUUCUAUAGUGC